AUGGGUGGCCAAAGCAGAGAAGGCGGCAAAGUCAAGCCCCUCAAGGCUGCGAAGAAGGAGAAGAAGGAUCUCGAUGACGACGAUAUUGCCUUCCAGGAGAAACAGAGGGCUGAGGCUAAGGCUAGGAAGGACUUGAUGGAUAAGGCUAAGGGACGCGGCCCAUUGAACACUGGCCAGCAGGGUAUUAAGAAGUCAGGAAAGAAAUGA